CUGCUUAAUUCUUCUGUUACAAGCUCUCAGACGUUUCUAGAGAGAGAGAGAGAGAAUGUCGCUGCCGAAGCCGGAACUUGGCGACAAAACCUUUCCGCCGAUCUCCAAAUGCGAAUUCUCCACCGUCAGCCACCGUUCGAUUGCCGCCGACCUCGACGGAACUCUGCUGAAGGCGAGUUCCGCGUUUCCGUACUACAUGCUCGUCGCGAUUGAGGCAGGCAGUCUCCUUCGAGGCCUUGUUCUGUUACUAUCCUUUCCGAUCAUUGUAAUCGCGUACAUAUUCAUCUCGGAAGCGUUAGCUAUCAAGAUGUUGAUAUUCAUCUCGUUCUCUGGAAUCAAGGUCCGCGACAUCGAACUUGCCUCACGCGCCGUCCUACCACGGUUCUACGCGGCGGAUGUGAGGACUGACAGUUUUGAAGUGUUUGAUAGGUGUCAGAGGAAGGUUGUUGUAACGGCGAAUCCGACGGUGAUGGUGGAGGCUUUCGUGAAGGAAUAUUUGGGAGGGGAGAAGGUGCUUGGAACGGAGAUCGAGGUAAAUCCGAAAACGAAAAAGGCUACUGGAUUUGUGAAGGAGCCUGGUGUUUUGGUCGGGAAAUGGAAGAAGUUAGCGAUUUUGAAAGAAUUUGGUGAAGAGUCGCCUGAUAUCGGGAUUGGUGAUCGGAAAUCAGAUCACGAUUUCAUGUCUGUUUGCAAGGAGGGGUACAUGGUGACCAAAGACAAGUCCGCCGGAAUACUACCACCGGACCGCCUAAAAACUCGGCUAAUCUUCCACGACGGCCGCCUAGUCCAACGUCCAACACCUCUGAACGCCCUAAUCACCUACAUCUGGCUCCCAUUCGGAUUCAUCCUCUCCCUAAUCCGCGUCUACUUCAACCUCCCACUCCCGGAGAAAAUAGUCCGGUACACCUACGGCAUGCUCGGAAUCAAACUUAUAAUCCGCGGCAACCCACCACCAGCACCAUCUCCGGGAACCCCAGGAAACCUCUACGUCUGCAACCACCGCACCGCCCUAGACCCCAUCAUCAUCGCCAUCGCCCUCGGCCGGAAACCCUUCUGCGUGACCUACAGCGUAAGCAAACUUUCACGUUUCCUAUCUCCGAUCCCGGCCAUCGCCCUGACCCGCGACCGUGAAGCCGACGCCGCCCGGAUUAAAUCGCUCCUCCAAAAAGGCGAUUUAGUCGUCUGCCCAGAGGGGACCACCUGUCGUGAGCCUUUUCUGCUACGAUUCUCCGCGUUGUUUGCGGAAUUAAGCGAUAGGAUUGUUCCGGUGGCGAUGAAUUUGAAACAGAAUAUGUUUAAUGGAACAACGGUUCGUGGGGUGAAAUUUUGGGACCCGUAUUUUUAUUUUAUGAACCCGAGGCCGACUUAUGAGGUGACGUUUUUGGAACGGUUGCCGGAGGAGAUGACGGUGAAGGGCGGUGGUCGGUCGUCGAUUGAGGUGGCGAAUCAUGUUCAGAAGGUUUUGGGGGCGACGUUGGGGUUUGAGUGUACGAAUUUGACGAGGAAAGAUAAGUAUGAGUUGCUUGGCGGGAAUGAUGGGAAGGUGGAAUCCAUGUAUGGGAAAAAGUGAUGAAUGAUUAGAUUCCUUUAAAUUAAAUGGAUGGAUGCUUUCAUGUUUCAUGUUGUACUUUUAUAUAACAGAUGAUUCAAGUAAGAUUUUAUAUAGGAAAUGACUAUAUAUAUAUUAGACAAAUGCAUGUUAUGUUAUGUUAUAUAUUGGGUUUGUUUACCUUAUAA